AUGCAUGUUGGAGGUAGUACUUCUAGCCACCAACGGCAGGAGCUACUUGCUUGGGUGUCCAGGCUUGAACCUGAGGAUGAUUUCGAGAGAUUGUACAAGCAGAGGCAUCCGGGUACGGGAACAUGGUUGACUAGCUCCGUUAAAUUCAAGCAGUGGCUGGACGAAGCGAAGCAUUGUUUGCUCUGGUGGUAUGGAACAGCUGGUGUGGGAAAGUCGGUUCUUGCAUCCAUUGUGGUAGAAAAGGUCAGGUUAUUACACCCUCAGGAUCCCCGUGUUGGCAUUGCAUUCUUCUUCUUCAGCUUCCAGACCGAUCCGACACCUGCUCAAAUACUAUCGACCUUGAUGAAGCAACUCUGCCCACCCCGUCUGACAGAGCUUCAGCAACAACUUGAGAAGAUUAUUGGUUGCUUCGACCAGGUAUUCCUGGUUGUGGACGCCAUGGACGAGUGUAAGACGGACCACCGCCAAGAAUUACUUCAAUACAUCACAAAGCUUGCAGAGACGGCGCCGGGAAAGCUGCAGCUGUUUCUAACCAGUCGACCAGAGGGUGAUAUCCAGGCUGCACUUGGAUCAGAUAAGUUCAAGACUGUGCGUGUGAGGGCCACGAAGGUGAGCGCAGAUAUAUCAUCAUACGUUCGGCAUCAACUGGAAAAUCCUCGGCAUCAUCUGUUGUGCAGUGACCUGAGCACUGACACCCGUCUCAGAAAAGAGGUGGAGGAGGCAUUACUUGGCAAAUUGAAUGGAAUGUAUGAACCCUACAUGCAUCAGGUUAACCCAUUAUGGCAGCCAGAGCUAAAGUUCGGAAGGUUUCUCUGGGUGAAGUUCCAGCUAGAUUAUAUCUUCUCUCUACCAUCGAAAGAUAUCCGUCAGGCCUUAGGUUCACUUCCUCUCACAAUGAACGAUACAUACGCGCGGAUAAUGUGCAGGAUCAUAUCUCAGCCCGACCCAACAGUAUCGCUAGUUCGUCGUGUGUUGACCUGGGUAAUUACGGCGAAGCGACCCCUCAAACCCUCAGAACUCGCAGAGUUUAUCGCCCUUGAGAAAACCACUACCAGCAUAUCAAGGCUCAAAGGCCGAUAUAAGGAAUAUAUAGUGAUGGGAGCAUGUUGUGGUCUCCUCACAAGCGAUGAUGGGUUCGUUCGGCCGAUUCAUUUCACCGUGGAGGAGUUUCUGAGGGGGGGUGGCGGAUUUGUUCCCAGCGAGCAAGAUGCCCAUACCGAGCUUGCGAGGCAUUCGAUAUCGUACCAGCUGUGUAAAGAGUUCUGGGGCCGCCCUAGCCCUGGUUAUAAUGGGACUACCUCCGAGCGUAGCUUGGGUGGCGGUCAGCCUCUAUGGGCCGAGGAUGGUGUUGGCGGGGUAUUGAAUAUGUGUGCUUUCUUCGAUAUACUCGAUAUUCAUGAUGAACUUUUUCCUGGUCAGAGUUCUGGGUUGACACCGAUGCAGCUUAGCACAGCUGUGGAUGCUGCCGCUCUGGGAGGUUCUCUUCGUGCCGUUGAGAGGCUAUUAGGCCUUAUGAGUGAAGAGGACAGAAAGGCCCAGAGCUCUCUCUGCGGGGCUGCCAGAACAGGCCGCGCAGAGGUGGUGCGCUUCUUCAUCAGUCGCGGUGCGGACAUCGAGGAAAGGUCCGGCCCCCACAAUCAUACACCAUUAGCCAAUUCCACGUAUUUUAAAUUCGAAAGCGUUAUCAAAACAUUGAUUGAUAGUGGGGCCGAUGUCAACGUGGAAGUUAAGAGCUAUGGCAGUGUUCUUCAAUGUCUGGUAUAUUCGAAGAAGGAAGCUCUUAUCGAGGCUGUUCUGAGGAGAGGAGCCAAUGUCAACAAGACCGGCGGAGAUUACGGGAGCGCUCUUGGCGCAGCUGCUUAUAGCGGAAAUCUAGCCAUCGUAAGACUGCUUCUCUCGCACGGAGCCGACCCAAAAGUGUACGAUAGCAAGAAGGGCAGGCCAAUUCGAUAUGCAGCCGAGGGGCAGAUCGAUAGGAACAAGAUAUUUCCACUGUUACUUGCUCAUGGCGCCGGCACUACAUUGAGAUUCCCGGAAGAGGCCACGGCUGCCAUCAAUAAAGCUGCUUUAGGUGGACACGAAGAGAUCCUUGACGCGCUGCUGUCUCAUGGGGCCAGGCCCACCACUGCCAAUAUCGACAGCAGACAUCGAUGCGGUGACUGA